ACUUGCUCGAGGAUUACUGUCUAAGGUUUUAUAGUGACAACUUUCGAUUCAUUCUCGCGUUGUUCGCGAUUUAAAUCGUUGCUGAUAGAUGCCAUGUUGUAAAAGUCAUGUGGACCUUGGCUUACGGAGGUGGCGAACAAGCUCCAGGCAACCGCAGCAUCAACUAUAUAUGAAAACCUCGACUACGAUCUCGAACGAUACCAAAGCACGAGAAAAACAAGAAUCGAAAUGACCACCAUCGAAGCCACACCAGCAAAGACUGUUCGAGCGACAAAGACGUGCUUCUCGCGCAAGGAUUUCGUUGAUGAGUGGACCUUUCCGACAGACCCGUUGCAUGACUUUGGACUUCACGGAAUACCUGCAUCCUACGCUCGAGAUCCGAGGCACUGGGGGGAUGAGACGCAUUGCAUAGACUUUAGCAAUGUGAUAAAAGAUGGACAAUCGGAGCACUCGUACGACAGCUACUAUGCUGCUAUCAGCCACGAUCACAAACUACUUGCAAUCACGUCGAAACAUGAGCGUAUUAUCGUCUACGAUCUCGAUUCGCGCGAAUUGCGCCAGGUGCUGGAUGGUGCAGGCCACUUGAUCUUCGCUCCUUUGAUACCAUUGGCCGAUAGGAAGGAUACUGACAAGUCGACACCUGCGUACACUAUCUGCUGCAGCACCUCAGAUGAGAGCAGCAGGUCCGGAAUCAAAAAUCAGCUGGUCUUCUGGGAGCUUGACGGGCAGGGGCGACUGCUAAACCAAGAAGAGCCAAUAGAUGCUUCCGCACUCGCUCAACAAGCGAUCGAUGCGAUCCUCCCGGAUCUUAUGAAGAAGCACGAGUGGUCCAAGGACUUUGUCAAGGCAUCAUCUUUGCAUGCAGAUUUCAUGACCACCCUUGGCAAUGUCGCUACAGUCCACCGCCGCCGACACAACAUGAUACUCGACGAUGCCAAAUUGGGCGGGUUCGGCUCUACAUCCUUCAAUAGCGAUGGGAGGCUCUUCCUGUAUCACACAAAGAAUCAGACGACUCAAUCAGGCAUGAGAGACCCUAAUCUUCUCCCACAGGUCGUCGUGAUGGACGUUACGAGCAGCCAGGAGCUGCACCGCCUUUCGGGCCAUACAGAUGCUAUAAUGUGGUCCGCAACUAGUCCAAACAACAAUCACAUCGCUUCGGUGGCCUGGGACGGUGACCUGCGUAUGUACUCUGCAAAGACCGGCGAACUUGAGUGGAGCACAACCGGUGGUGGACAGAGCUGGACGGGGGCAUUCUCCGCCGACUCCAAGCACAUUGUCUGGAGUACGGGAAACGGACAAACCGUCGUUGUCCAUGAAGUGAAGAACGGAAAGCGAGUAUCCUCUUGUCCUAAGACCUUCCGCACCUGGUGCCGUAGUCUUGCAUGGCAUCCGGACGGUCAACAGAUCGCGCUUUGCGCCGGAAAGGACGCAUACGUUUGGCGACCCUUUGAAGCGGACCAGAGCGAAAUCACCCAGCAUUAUCAGAUUGAAGACGAAAGCAAUUGGGGGAUGAUGGCAAGUGUCGAAUCCGUUGAUUGGCUAGCCAACGGGCGCCUCCUACACCUGCACUUCUCUGAUGGCACAAACCUCGUAUAUGAUACUGAGACCAAUACAAAAGAAUUGUUCAUGCACCCGAAAGGCCUGGACAGCGUGUGGGUAUCCGAUGGUUUCUAUGGCCACAUCGAUGUAACUGGCAUUCAGGGUGGCCAUGUCAGCGUCGACGGCGAUGGUAAGAUACGAUAUUGGUCAACGGAAGUCAUAGAUCGAGGGUUCUAGCGGAAAAGCGCGCUGGAAAAGAAAGCAGAGCAUGAGGGCUCGAUUCAAAGAAGAAGCUAUCUCCUCCGUCCGGAGAAUACACAAUGAUUACCAAGCUCCCAGACAAAGGUAAGCCUGGAUGACAGACAGCUACUAUCAGUGCUAGCACCGGCCACAUAGUUGCAUCAUUUGCUUGUAACUUCAGAUAAAAGACAUG